AUAACGAAGUUUUAAGUUUCAUUCUGUUAUUACCGAGUGAUUUGCCUUGGGAAUUACACAAUGUAGUCGGUAUGGCGUUUUAAGAUAAUAUUAUUUACAACUUUAAUUAGAAAACCUCUAAUUUUGUUUCCUAUUCAAGAUUCAAAAUAAGAUUUUUUAACACCAACUCAAUUUUCCAAAUGAGGCACCCAGAACCAGAAAAUAUUUGUGUUGUUUUGUGUUUUUUUUCCAAAGGAAAAUUCAACUUUGUGAUAAACAAAAUUGAAGAGUGACGUAUAGCCACUGGUCAAGCAGGGCAGACCGAGUGACUGACACGCGAGACAAUUUGAGCAAAUCUCUUCGUACGAAGUACUGACUUAGUCAGAGAGACUUUUAUAUUUUUACUGGAAAGAAAGGUGUAACUGCAUUUAGUAAAAUCCGUAUCUGGGAACAGCGCUAGGAAAAAUAGGCAACAAAUACAACAUAUUUUAAAAAAGAACAAAAAACUAAGAAGCAAUUCUUGCGGACUAAGUCUGUGUGGAACGGCAGAUUCAACUUUUGGCCAAUCAGGAGCCACUGGAAGACAAUGCCGACUGUCCGAAAGCACACGAGUCGCCCGGCCUUUAGCGGACUCCGGAAAGAGAAGACGGCACCGGAGAUUGAUUUAAGUCGACCUAACUUCACGACAGGGACGGUCAGGAAGACGACAAUCAGUCGAGCCAGCAGCCGGAAGUCGCGGGCGUCCAGACAGGAGAGCGCAGGCUCCAAGCCUCAGGGUCAAAGUUCAGACAGCGAAAGCGACGUGGACGAAAUGAGACCGAGGGGCAGUCGCUCUGACCUUGACCUUAUGAUGGUGGACAUCAGCAAUGAGAAAGACUGGGACACAGAUCUGGAGACAGAAGAACCACCCACCAGCUACGACCAUACAGGCAAAUCGGCGUACGUGGAAGCAUGCAAAAAGUUUGGUGUGGUGCCCGCCUCCUAUUUCCUGAGACACAUGAACGAGAGUUCUCUGUCCAUGAAACAUCACGGCCUGGCGGGGGACGGCAUGAAGGCCAUUGCUGCUUCUUUGGUGUCUAACGCGACGAUCAACACCCUGGACAUCUCAGACAACUGGCUAGGUCUGGAAGGGGGCGUGGCACUCUGUGAGAUGCUGAAAGAGAACUGCUUCAUAACGGAGUUGAACGUGUCUGACAACAAGCUGAACUCUUGCACAGAGCAGCUUUGUCAAAUCAUUGAGCAGAACGACACUCUACGCAAAGUCAACCUCUCUGGAAACAACUUUGAUGACAGCAGUGCAGAACAUAUAGCAAACUUAAUUCUGGAUGUGAUGGUCAAUCAGGACUUUCUGGACAUCUGGAAACAGGUACAGGAGCAGAUGCCGUCCCUCAACAUGGUGCAUGGCGGCACGGAACCCCCGCUAAAACCCAAGCGCCGUGUCCACCCGAUGGUCAAACUGACUGCUUACAUCACCUCGCACAACCUCCAGCUUGUGGACUUCUUUAAUUGUUUCGACAAGGACGGCAGCAUGAACAUCACUAGGGAUGAGUUCAGACAAGGGCUAAACCGUCUUCUGAAG